AUGGCCGUCCAAACCGAAAUCGAGGCACUCGACUCAACAGAGGAACAGCUAAACUACCGGGCCGAGCUGGAAGAUAUGUUCAUCGCUAUAAAGGUCACCAUAAAGGAUCAGCUUGGAGACGACGUGCACAAUUCUACGCCGCUUGCCCACGACACGCUCCUCAGGCCUGGACCACCAUCAUCUCUCAAGCUGCCAACUCUUGCGCUCCCGACCUUUGCUGGCGAGUACUCGGAAUACAACAACUUUAUUACUACCUUCCAGCAAGUUGUAGGCCAGCAGGAAGCACUAUCGUCGAUCGAGAAGUUUAAUCACCUCAUAAACUGUCUCAGAGCCGCCGCCUUAGAAACCAUCAAGGCGUUUCAAGUCACUCCAGAGAAUUACACCAAGGCCUUACUUCGCCUAAAGAGCAGGUACGAUAACCCCACCAUCGUAUUCCUGGUCAACAUAGCGUCACUCUUCAAAUUGCCAACUGUGACCACUGAAAAUAGUGUACAGUUGCGCAGCCUGGUUGACAACGCAUCAGCGUUGUUCAACUCGAUGCGAUCUUUAGGAUCCGAAGCGCAGAUAGCUCAAGCGAUGUUAAUUACUAUUGUCAUGGAAAAGGUAGACAAGAGAACUCGACAGCUCUGGAAUGAAUCUCUCACGUUCGCCACAUUACCCGCGUGGAAUGCCUGCUUAACCUUGAUUGAGCGGCACUGUCAACACUUGGAGUCCUCAAUACAUCACUUCGGCAAUACGAAUACGGAAAGGCUCAUCAUAUGCUCCCGGCUGCAACACACUAUGCUUCACUUCGAUCCGUCAGGACAGGAAUCAAGGCGUCCUCGACGGUCAAGUCCGCCUAACGCGCCACCUCAGCACCAUGUCGCUGAGGCCGUCACUCACGCACACGUGGAUACCCACCACGACCAAGUCAUUCUGGCUACAGCCAUAAUCCUAGUGCAGGAUGCUGUGGGCAACUACGUACCAGGACGUGCCCUACUGGACUCGUGCUCCCAAGUUAACUUCAUGUCCGAAGACUUCGCUCAACAACUUCGUUUGCCCCGAAGCAAGGGACACAUCGACAUUCGAAGCAUCGGCGAUUCUUUCACCCGCAUCAAGCAUCGCACUUCGACCGUUCUCAAGUCACGAUUCGGUAAUGCAGAGUUACCCGUCGAAUGCUGUAUAACCUCGAGAAUCGCCUAUCAACCUGAUGCAGUAAUCGACAUUUCAACAUGGAACCUCCCAGACAACGCUCCACUGGCUGAUGAGAAAUUUUAUCAGUCUCGCCAUAUCGACCUACUUCUUGGCACGGAAACGUUCUUCACCGCUUUGUCUAUUGGCCAAAUUAAGUUGGGCCCCCAUCUCCCCAUGUUGCAAAAGACGAUCUUUGGAUGGGUAGUAUCAGGGCGCACUGGCAAUCAAGGCCAUGCCGCCCAAGCCCACAGUUUCCUUUCAUCAGAGGAUUCAAUAAACCUGAACUUGGAGCGCUUAUGGCGCAUAGAGGAAAUUUCUACUACGCCAUUAACACUUACUCCAGCGCAAGCUAAAUGCGAAUCGAUCUUCCAAAAAUCUGUCUGUCAAGUAGCGGAUGGAAGACUGAUGGUUCAACUGCCUUUUAAGGAUGACCCUAAUCUGUUGGGGAGGUCUCUUGAAACAGCACGGCUAAGAUUUGCAUCGUUGGAACGUCGUUUAAGCCGAAACGCGAAUUUGCGAGCCGAAUACACAAAAUUCAUGGAUGAAUAUGAGCGCUUGGGUCACAUGGAAUUAGUAACCAGUCCACUCCUCAACGAACCCCACUACUACAUACCACACCACUGCGUGUUUAAGCUCAACAGCAGGUCAACGAAACUACGGGUAGUCUUUGACGCCUCGUGCCCGACAAGCACCUACAAGUCCCUAAACGACAUCCUUCUAGUUGGACCCACGAUUCAACCAGACUUGUUCACACUCUUACUAAGGUUCCGGACUCAUCGUUAUGUAAUAACUGCUGACGUCGUCAAGAUGUACCGGCAGGUAUUAAUCGACCCAGCGCAUCGUAAAUUUCAGUACAUCCUAUGGAGAAGCCACAUCGACCAGGAGAUUCGCACAUACCAGCUGAACACCGUUACCUACGGCACCGCAUCAGCGCCGUAUCUAGCAAUUCGCAGCCUGUCUCACCUCGCCGAUCAACAUACAAGUUCACAUCAAAUUGGAGCUGAAGCCAUAAAAUCGUGUUUUUAUGUGGAUGACUUUCUCGGUGGAGCAGAUACGUUAGAUCAAUUAAACCAGAUUCGAACCGAAGUCAUCGCUAUCCUCACGGCCGGCAAGAUGGAACUGGCAAAAUGGCACUCCAACCACCAGGAUUUCGUCAAUGAUACAACGGUCAAGGAGCUAAAUCUCGACGACUACGCCACAUUGGGACUGAAGUGGGACCAACGAGAAGACGUCUUCAAAUUCUCAUUCAACUGCAGCACAGCUCCGGAAAGGAUCACAAAGCGAACCAUCCUCUCGGUGGCCUCAUCCCUCUUCGAUCCGCUGGGACUUGUCUCGCCAGUUAUUAUGGUGGCAAAAAUCCUUCUACAGGAAAUUUGGCUUCUUCGACUACAGUGGGAUGAAUCAGUCCCAAUGACACUCCAACAAGCGUGGCUAUCGUUCGUGUCGUCGAUACAUGUUGCAUUAGGAACAAGGCUUGCCGAUGGCCACGUGGAAGUUCAUCUAAUCGCCUCAAUGUCGCGUGUGGCACCAACGAAGAAGAAGACGCUGCCGCAGCUCGAGCUCUGUGGAGCGCAUCUUCUAGCACGACUCUACAACCAGAUAAAGGCAGCUUUUCUACAACACACGCCCGAUACUUUUCUGUGGACAGAUUCACAGCUAGUGUUGCAUUGGAUUCGACAACAUUCUGCGACCCUUUCUACGUUUGUCGGCAAUCGGAUAUCCGACAUCCAAGAAUUCACGCCAGACUGUCACUGGAGGUUCGUUCCGACACGGCAUAACCCAGCUGACAUGAUCUCCAGAGGAUGCAACCUCGCAGAACUCACCAACUCAACAUGGUUCCACGGACCUACAUUUCUAUCAAAUCUGCCGACAUUGUGGCCACCUAACAUACACGGCAAUCUGGACAUGGAAAAACCCUUUACUACGGGACCACUUUCCCCUCUGGAACUGCGAAGGGCCAUGCUUUGCGUCGCAUGGAACCUACAACAGCAAUAUUUCAUCGAGGAAAUAACUCUUUUGCAAAGGGGAGCGCCGGUUCGUAGCCAUCUUAAAUUCUUAUCGCCCUUCUUGCAGAUUACAGAUGGAUUCAACCUACUUCUCGUCGGAGGACGAUUGGAACUCGCAUCGAUCCCAGACACUCACAAGCAUCCCAUAUUGCUUCCCGCUAAGGAUGUUGCUGUCGUCAACUACGUACGUCAUCUACACCUGCGGAACUACCAUGCUGGUCCAAAGGUCCUGGUGGGACUAAUGCGGCUGGAGUUUUGGGUCGUGAAUGCCCGAGAUGUCCCUCGUCGUGUUGUACGCAACUGUGUCCACUGUGUGCGCUACAGGCCUAAGUUGCUGCAACAACUUAUGGGCAACCUCCCAGUCGAGAGACUUACCCUGUCAAGACCAUUUGCUCGGUGUGGGAUAGACUUCUGCGGGCCGGUUCAUACCUAUCUACGCGUUCGAGGAAAGGAGCCCGUUAAAAGCUACAUCGCAAUAUUUGUGUGCUUUGCCACGAAGGCGGCGCACAUCGAAAUCGUCGGAGAACUAUCAACUGAUUCGUUCUUGGGUGCUCUAAAGCGGAUGAUAGCCAGACGUGGGCUGCCUUCAAACACUUUUUGCGACAAUGCGACGAAUUUUGUAGGCGCGAGCAACAAGUUGCAAGACCUGAAGGACUUUUUCUUCAGCACCAAGAACCAGCAAGACAUUACAUCGUACUGUACAAACGAAUUUGUAAAGUUCCAUUUUAUACCUCCUAGGGCUCCACACUUCGGCGGCCUCUGGGAGGCUGCUGUUAAAAGCGCCAAGAAUCUCUUGUGCCGCACGCUCAAGGAUGCCCGACUAACCUUCGAGGAGCUCUCAACUGUCGCUGCUGAGACUGAGGCAAUCCUAAAUUCUCGCCCGCUCUCUCCACACUCAUCGGAUCCUAGCGAUUUGGCCGUCUUAACGCCUGGUCAUUUCUUAACCGGGGACUCCCUUCGAGCACUCCCAGACUGGCCUGUCAAGGAUGAUCAGCUCAACUGCUCUCAACAAUGGAAUCGUGUCAGCGCCAUCAAGCAACACAUCUGA